GUCGGCAGCGCCGCUGCUCGCAAGAAGGGCAAGCCCACGCCGCAGGAGUCCGCCACUCAGAGGUUUGAGAAGGUCAUGGAGAGGGCUCGUGAGCACCAUUCGGCAGAGAAGGAGUGGACGCAGCGCCCGAAGAGCAGGAUCCACGAUGCCACCGUCAACGCAUUGGCCAAAUCCGCCCGCGAGAUGGCCAGGUUCACUGGAGACGAUGAUUGCUCAGCGAAGUCGGAACAAGCAGGGAUGGUGAUCAAGGAGAUCUCGGCCAGGCGUAUCUUCUUCGAGGAGAUCAGGGGCAAGACCGUGGACGUGGCAAAGCGGACCAUCACCAGCGCGGAGCACCAGGUUAUGGUCGGUUGUUCUGUGAGCUUAAGGUCGCAGAUCAUCCAGCAAGCCUGCUUCACGCUAGCGACGAGCGAACCGCCACUCAUGAUCAAGUUUGCCAUGUGCCCCCGAGCUCCUGCUCCCGAGGGCGAUUCUCAACCAGUUGAGUGGCCUCGCGUCGAGACUCUGUGCCUCGGGCUGCUGUGGGAGACCGCGUCGUGCAAGGCUGACGCCAUCGUGGCGGACUCGCUGGCGGUGCGAACUCAGGCUGGCCUUGUGACCGACAUGGUGGAGCGAAUCGUCAUCGAGAGUCCGAGCGAGGCGACGGUGCUGAAGAGGAUUGCCGACGUCAAGGAGUACUUGGGCAAGGAGUUCCAGCCUUUCGACUUCAGCGUGUGUGACGACGCGCGGGAACCUUUCACGAAGGCCAGUCUCUUCGAGCAGCCCUACAUGGACGUGUCCGCUCUCGUCGUCGCAGGCGACGUGUUGACGUGCAUUCGUGAGGCGAAGCCUGUGGCAGGGGCUUUGCGCAAGAUGUCCAGAAUGAUGCUCUCCAAGAUCGACGCAGUUUCGACGCGUGUACGGAAUCUAGCUACCGCUGCAGGGGUGAGGGCACUCUCGAACAGCAACGUCAUGAAAAUCGCGUGGGAUCACCUGGUCGAGCUGCUCGCCUCAGAUGGCAACCUCGCCAAUGCAGAUAGCGUGAAGGAGGCUGCGGCGGCUGCCAGCCAGUUCAAGGAGAAGGUCUUGAGUAUCGCCACGGGCUUGAAGGAGCCCAGCGGCAAGAGCGAGGAUGCCUACAACGCCGUCGUGGACGUUUGCCAGGAGGAGCAGCAAGAUAUCUCAAUGAAAUUUUGCGCCACGUGCAUCGUGAAUGCAGACCCGAGUGACUUCGAGGAUACGGUCUACGCGGAGAACAUGAACAUGGCCAAGGUGGUGAACGCGUUCAUGUGCAAUACGUUGAUGAGCUGGUUCAGCGUGGAGGAUCUCCAGGUUGAGGAUGACACGUGGGACGAGCUCUACUGGGUUGGAAACGUCUUGGAGUACUGCGCCCACUUCGCGCCGAAGUCCCAGGCCCUCCAGAGCACACGCAAGAAGAUGAUCCUCACGCACCACGUCAAGAGUCUGCUGAUGGCGACUUCCACGGUCACGGAGGACUGCGCGACGGGGCUCAGGGAGUGGGUGAAGGCUCACUUGAUGGACUCGGGCCUGAAGCCAGCUGCUGACCAGGAGGUGAACGACAUCUUGGGCGACAGCUUCAUGACCUUCUUGCACAAACUGAACCACGCUUGGGCUGGAGUCCAGGUGGCCACCCCCUUGAUGUCCUACGUCCGACGCGUCGUGCACUCGCCGUUCUGUUCUGACGCAUUCUUGUCCGUUGCGAAGGAGUUCGAGAGCAAAGUGCCUGAUGGUGUGAAGGCGCUCUUGGUGUCAGCACGGAGCAUGAAAGCCCUGGAGAGAUCGUUCGGCUGGGUCAAAGACGGCAGACAGAUCGGCAUGAUCGAAUUGACGACCGCCCUCAUGGACGCGAUCACCGUCACGAACGACGUUCGCGAGCUGGAGUCGCUCGGGAAGCAUGAGAAUGAGCUGAUCAGGGCGCGGAGGCUUGCGCUCCGCGACCUCACCAAGCCCGACUGCAGCGGCUUGGAGGAAGCCUUGAACAAGUGGUCGUUCAAGGGGGAGCUCGCGUUUCUCACCUCGGACGGCAACGACUCGGCAUGGGCGGCGAUGAUCAGACGUUUCGAGACGUUCAUUGCCACGACGCCCACAUCCGAGCGCAUAUGUGAGUUCCUGGUCUCCAACGUCUCCAUGCUCAAGUGGGCUGACGACAAGGAGAUAAGUGUGGUUCGGUCUCUCAGUGAGUACAGUGCGAAUCGCUCGUCGCUUGCUUUGAAGCUUGGUAGUGCUUUGUCGGAGAUGGUGCUGGCUAACUGCAUCAAUGCUGCGCCUGCGUGUGCUCUCCAGCGUUCGUUGGAGCUGACUGCGGGCAUCCUGCCCAAGCGUUUCAAUGCGAAGCUCCAGGAUUUGAAUCAGGCCUUGCAGGAUCGGGUUGCAGCCGUCCUUGCCAGGCCGCCAGACACCAGCGGCGAGAAGUCUCACAUCAGUGUUGGUGGUACCGACUUCUCGAGUAUCGCAGGAGGCAGUGCUGGCCCGUCGAAGUCGACAGCUGCCCCUGCAAGCGACAGGCCGACCCUUAAGAAGAAGGGCUCGCAGGCGCUGCAAUAG